ACCGAAAACUUCGCGUCUGGUUUGUGUGGCUGCAUACUCACAGUGCUAUCCUAUAUUGUCAUUAUUCUAACAUUACCGUUCUCGUUAUUCUUUUGUAUAGAGAUGGUUCAAGAGUACGAAAGAGCUGUCAUAUUUCGAUUGGGACGAAUACUGAGUGGUGGUGCCCGCGGACCGGGUGAAUUGCUUUGUGGGCGAGAGAAUAUGCUGGUACGUGCUCAGGGCAGGUGGAUUUUUAGGGAACUAAUUUUGGAAUUUUUAGGGAGAAUUCUAAAUGACGAUUCUGAAUUUGCAGGUAUAUUUUUCAUAGUACCAUGCAUUGACACCACUACGAAAGUUGAUCUUCGCCUUGUAACAUUCGAUGUUCCACCUCAAGAGGUGAGUACAAUAUUACACAUUUACCACAAAAAUGAUCUGUAG